AUGGAUCUUAUACCUGGCCUUCCUAAUGAUCUCGGUUUAGACUGUUUAAUUCGUCUCCCUUACAACCAAUUCUCCCUCGCCGCCUCCGUUUGCCGGAGCUGGAAGUCACAGAUCGAGCUUCCUCACUUCCGGAACCACCGCAAGUCCGCCGGCCUCAGCCGUCGCAUCGUCGUCAUGGUGCAAUCGCAGGUUGAUUCCACUCACAACCAUGGCCUCCGGAAGUAUACGACUCCACCGGUUUACCGUUUCACAGUUUACGAGCCGGAAACGGGUAAUUGGAGCCACCUGCCGCCGAUUCCCGGGUUUUCCGACGGGUUGCCCCUAUUUUGUCAGAUAGCUCCGGUCGGGUAUAAUCUUGUGGUGAUGGGCGGGUUGAACCCGGAGAAUUGGGAGGCUUCGAAUUUUGUUUUUGUGUACAACUUCGUGUCUGCCACAUGGAGACGGCGGUCGGAUAUGCCAGGGUGUACACGGUCGUUUUUUGGAUGUGCGUCGGACGGUGAUCGGAGGGUGUUUGUCGCCGGCGGACAUGAUAACGAGAAGAAUGCGCUACGGUCAGGGAUGAUGUAUGACGUGGAAGAUGAUAGAUGGGUCCCACUGGAUGACAUGGCAGAUGAAAGGGAUGAAUGUAAAGGUGCUUUCCACCGUGGCAAAUUCUACGUCAUUGGUGGGUAUAAUACCCAAAUGCAAGGGCAAUUUGGGAAAAGCGCGGAGGCUUACGAUCCGUCCACGUGUCAAUGGGACCCGACGGAGGGUGACUUCUUGGGAUCUGACACGUGUCCGAGGACUUGCGUGGACGGUGGUAACCGGUUGAUGUACAUGUAUCGAGAUGGCGCGGUUGUAGCACUGGAUCAUUCUUCCAAAACGAGGAUCCCAAAGGAUAUGGAUACUGUACCUUAUAUGAUUGAAUGCGAUGGGAAGCUGCUGGCCGUUGGAUCUGUUGGAUACGGUAGGGGCCAUGGAGUGUACGUGUUAGAUCUGCAUGACUCCACGUGGACGGCAGUGGAGGUGCCGGAGGAAUUUUCCGGCCAUGUACAAUCCGGUUGCUGUUUAGAAAUAUAAAUUAAAUUAAUGUACAUAAAUAAGUAAAG